AUGGAACUGCAACAGGAUGCGCUGGACGAGGCCUUCCGUCGCCACAAACAGUACUUUCACGACUUCUUGAGCAACGACGAGGCAACGUAUGGUAAUUACACGGACAAACUUCGCAGUAUGAUGCACCACAAACGCACGCGGCUGGUCAUUGAUCUCAAUGACUUGCGCGAGUACGACAGUUCGUUCACAGAUCCUGCCGUCGCAGGCGGUCACGAGAACAUUGUGCACCGAUUGUUGCGUACUCCUGCCGAGUUUGUGCCUCCGUUCGAAGAGGCAGUGAAAGAGCUGGUCUUGAAUCUGGACAGUCUGUACGGGGGCAAAGACGCAGAAGGGACAAAGACAAUGCAGUUCCACGUCGGUUUUGAAGGAGACUUUGGCCAUCAUAACGUGAACCCACGAGGUCUCCUGGCGUCGUACCUGACGCAGAUGGUCUGUGUCCAUGGCAUUGCGACCAAGUGCUCCGCCGUGCGACCAAAAGUCGUGCGUUCCGUGCAUUAUUGCAGAGAGACCAAUGCCAUUUUGUCGCGCGAGUAUCGAGACAAUACGUCGAUCACAGGGGCCCCGACGUCGAGUGUUUAUCCGACAAAGGACGAACAUGGGAAUUUGCUAGAGACAGAGUUUGGGUUGUCGCAGUAUAAAGACUACCAGAUGAUUAGUAUGCAGGAGACGCCGGAGACAGCGCCACUUGGACAGUUGCCGCGGUCGUGUGAGAUCAUUGUCGAGAACGACAUGGUCGACAAGUGCAAACCUGGCGAUCGCGUCCGUGUGGUUGGCAUUUACCGUCCUCUGGGUGGAAACAGCACAGCCUCAACGACAGCAGUUUUCCGGACGGUGCUGAUUGCCAAUAACGUUCAGCUCAUGGGCAAAGACGUGAACGGUAUUGUCAUGUCACCAGACGAUCUGCUGAACGUCCGCGAGUUUGCAAAGCACACGAACGCGUUUGAAAUGCUCUCGCGGUCGAUUGCGCCGUCAAUCUACGGUCACGGCGAGAUCAAGCAAGCUCUGCUGCUCCAGCUGCUAGGUGGCAUGGAGAAGAAUUUGGAGAACGGCACACAUCUUCGUGGUGACGUCAACAUCUUGAUGGUGGGUGAUCCAUCGACCGCCAAAUCUCAGCUACUGCGUUUCGUUCGGACGAUCGCGCCUCUGGCCGUCAACACUACAGGUCGUGGUUCGUCCGGCGUAGGUUUGACGGCUGCUGUUACCAUUGACCCUGACACCAAGGAGCGCCGACUCGAAGCUGGUGCCAUGGUACUUGCUGACCGAGGCAUUGUAUGUAUCGACGAGUUCGACAAAAUGAGCGAAGCAGAUCGUGUGGCUAUUCACGAAGUCAUGGAACAGCAGACAGUGACGAUUGCUAAGGCCGGCAUCCACGCAACCCUGAACGCCCGCUGCAGUGUUCUGGCCGCGGCAAACCCUGUGUAUGGCCAGUACGACAAAAACAAGAAGCCGCAGGAGAACAUUGGUCUGCCGGAUUCGCUCUUGUCCCGUUUCGAUUUGCUUUUCGUGGUGCUCGAUCGCCUGGAUCGGGGUGCCGACCGCAACAUCUCCGACCACGUCUUGCGUAUGCAUCGGUAUACGCGCCCAGGCCAAGAAGGCAUCCCCCUCUCGUUCGAAGUGAGCUCGACGGAUCACAUGGCUUCGUUCAACGAACCCGCUGGCGACCAGUCGAAAGUGUCCAUUUUCCAGAAAUUUGACCCGCUGCUUCAUGGCGGGUACCAGUCUUCGUCGUAUGCCGGUGGCGGCAACGGUAUCCUCACGCUAGAUUUUCUCAAGAAGUACAUUUAUUACGCAAAGAUGCGGUACCAGCCCGUGCUGACAGACAGUGCGAUCGAGCUGAUCUCCGAGGGAUACGCAGAGCUGCGUUCGCAGCAGAAUGCGCGGACACUGCCUGUGACGGCGCGUACGUUGGAAACGUUGAUUCGUCUCGCGUCGGCGCAUGCAAAGGCGCGGCUGAGCAAGACCGUCGACGCAGUGGAUGCGGAGAAGGCCAUGUCUUUGAUUAGUUUUGCGCUGUACCAUGAUGCGUCGGAGCCCCACACCCCGGACGACACACGGCCAGAAGUGGCACGCGAAGCGGAAACCGGCAGCGAGAAGGCCAUGGCAGAGUUGGCGAUUGAGGCGCCAGUGAUACCGGAGAAGCCCCCGUCGGUCGAGAAAUCGAGGAAACGAGACCGAGCAUCGUGGAGUUCUGCGACGCUCGCCGAUGCCAUUCUGAGCUUACUGUCCGAGAUGGGCAGCGACGCGACUUUCGACGACGCGAACGACAACAUCACGCUGUCGAGCAUUCUGUCGCGACUGAAUGUCGGUCGCUCGAAGAAGGACGCCGUCGCCCGUGCGGACGUAGAAAAGGUGCUGGUGGACCUCGAAGAGCAGAAUAAGGUCAUGUACAUCCAGGACGGCGAGGAUCCGAUGGUCAUGCUCAUCUAG